AAGGCCUUAGAAAAAUAGUCGAAUCUGUCGGAACAGUGGCAGUGUUGAAGAGACAGGCUCGGGCAGAUGGAAGGUUCUUUGCACGAAAUUGGGUUAUUCCACAUCUUCUAAAAAAUGAGUUUAAAUCAAUGCAAUAAAGGAAGAAGAAGCGACAAGAGUUCUUGAUUAUCCAAGAGAAUAUGGCCGCCAACCGGCCACCCGUGGUAGCGGGGACGGCCGGGCGACGGGUCGGCCUUCCGAUUGCGCACGCGAACCGAGAUCCGCUAUCAAUUCACUUACAGGAUUGGUUGUCAAACCGAACCUUGCGGAAUUUUUUAGGGCAAUACUCGGAAAACGUGUGGGGUGAGGUGGUCAAAUCGCUCGUCCUCCUGGCAAUUUUCGCCUUACAACUGCACCAAGAGGAUCCGAGUAAGCCGGUGGAGGCUCAGCAGUGGACGUUAGAGGACCUCGACAGCCUUUUGCGGUACUGCGUGCACGAAGGGCAGUGGCCAGAAGGAGGUGAGACCUUCAAGCCAGAAAAUUUCCGGAUACCCUUUGGCGAAGGAAGCGCAGGUAACGUAGCUGACGGACUUGGGGGUGUCAUCAAAUUCAGGAAGCCAGGUGCGCAGUGGCGAAAAGGGAACACUACAGUGUUUCGGCCGAGAGGACCCCAUGGUAUUUCAAUCGUUUUCUACAUUCAAACAUAAGAAAGGGUUCUUUAUUUGACCACUUACUUACAAGCGGCUCAUCCACAUCUUCGUUUCAUAGGCAUCAACAUCACAAGAUCCUCAUAUUUCUAUGUUGACUUGCAUCUUCUUGAAACUCCUAGUUACCUGCAUCUACUUCAUGAACGGGGGGAUAGCAGUGAUGUAUCCUUGUACUUUUUUCAGACAAAUCCGGCGGCGCAGGACCGCCCAAGGGGCAACCAGACCCUGUGCCAGAGCAGACAGUGUAUCGCGGAGAUGGCACUGUUUCGACGAAAAAGCUCACGCGAAAAGCUGUCUACCCAACAUGGUGGGGGGACCCCAAACCGUCAAAGCAACAGCUCCAGCGAGCUCUCAGAAGAAUAAGGGACGAGAACGCAAAGCAGAAGCACCAACUGCGGAUACUGGAGGAGAGGCAAGGACAAACUGAGCACAUUGUCGGAGAAGAUCUGGAUUGGGAGGCCGGGGGGUCUUCUGCAUCGAGCUACAAUAUGGCAAGAGCUUAAUUGAUGUUGAUUUUUCAUAGACGUUGUCGGUGGAAAAAGAAGAAAUUAUCUAAGUUUUUCUCCAUCGUGUGUACGACGAUUCAGUCAACAACUCUUAGAAAUAGGAUCAUGUAAUAAGAAGUGUUUACAAGGUAGUUCUUCCGUGCCAACAUUUGCUUGUUGUUUAAGUUUCUCAAUACCAGAGAGUAUCGGUCGUAUCGGAUUGAGUGUUCUAAAAACGGCAUGCUAAAGGUGGGAAGAAAAACGGUGCGGGUCCCCAGAAAUUUGUUCUAAGUAAAGCACCUAUAGCAGCGCUGUGGACGACAAUGCUGGUGGAUCGGAAGCCGGUACCUCGUCUUACGCUCAACAACAUGAACAUCAGGGUGGUGAAGAUAGCGAAGUCGGAAAUUAUGGUGGAGGACGAAAUAGGAGUCCUCACGAUCCCGAUUUCAAUCCAUAUGCGCCUGCGCCAAGAGCGGGAGGACGAGGCGGUGGGAAAUAUGUAGACGUGCAGAGUCGGAUACGAGGCCCGAACAACUUGAGAAGCGAUCACGCGGACAGACGGCAUAAAACGAGGUGUCGGUCACGUCUCGGCCCGACGGGGGACGAUCGGAUAGUACUCGGAACUGCGGUAAACAUUUUUGUCUGGUGACCGUGAUGUGUAGGGACCUAAAAUAGCAUAUAAGUACUAUGAGUUUUUGUGCUAGAAGACCAAGGAAGCAUUCCCGCAAUUUAAUCAUUGUUGUCCUUGUCUGACUGUGGAUGGUGUAACAAUUACCAUCAAGACUCAUUAAUUUAGAUUUUGAUUUUGCUUUAAGAGUGCUGAAUACAACAGGACGACCCAUUUGCUCUCGACCCUUCGGCUAUGGACAGCAUAGACCGGGUGCAUGUUUUGAACGAGUGUACCAAGAGCCCUAAAGCGUGGACUGUGACCUUUCCAAGUCAAACGAAGCCGAGUCCUAUUUCCUCUGACAUUCGCCCUGAUAGCAUACGCGAUCGAAGCGGACAGGAUAGCUCGGCAUCAACUGGUAGAGGCUCAAAUUACGGGCAAUGAGAUGAAUGUUGACCUCAUCUUUUUGUGAUAAGACAAGAGGGAAAGUCUCUAAUCCACAGUAGUUGUAGUUGUUCUGGAGAUAACAUAAGAAUCCCCUCAUUCGAGUAGUUGUACGUUUCUUGCAAAUACCAGUGCGUCAAAGAGAAUGUUAAGAAUAUAGACAAUUGACAGGACCACAGCUCAAAGGGAAGACGAGGACCGAAGAUGUAUUUUGUUUCAUUCUACCAGGGCCUGUACAUUUUCUACUACAAGUACGUGAAGAACAGGGUCAUUAGUGGUUCUACCUUCUGCAUUUUUUCACUCUAAUCAAAGGGAAGACGAGGACAGCGCGCAGGUGCAUCUAGGGGAGGUGAUGGAGCAGUGGCGCUUGCAGAGAGCUUCCUAUCUAAUCCAGCUUUGA